AUGGCCUCCGAGUUCCCGCGGGUGGUGCCCCUCACCUGUCACGGCCACUCAAGACCUAUCACCCAUUUGAGUUUCUCUGCCAUUGUCGAUCAGGACCAGUAUUAUCUCAUCUCUGCAUGCAAAGACAACAACACUCAACUAAGAGAUGGCAUCACCGGCGACUGGAUCGGUACGUUCAUUGGACAUAAGGGUGCCGUCUGGUCAUCGCGACUGUCUUCAGAUGCAUCGAUGGCUGCUACGGGAUCGGCAGACUUCACAGCUCGCAUCUGGGAUCCACAGUCUGGCGAGUGCCUCCACGCGCUUUCUCAUAACCACAUCGUUAAAGCGGUGUCGUUCCCAAUACAGCGCAAUCCCGCAGUGGUGGCCACCGGUGGACAGGAGAAGAAGCUGAGGAUAUGGGACCUUGAGCGUACGUCUACACCAAACAACGAAACGAACGGGGACGGGCCGCGAACUCCUACAACAAGCUCAGAAGGUCUCGAGAUCGGUGCGGGCGACCAUACAGCGAGCAUCAAGUCGAUCGUCUGGAAUGUUGACUACAACGUGAUUACAACCGCUGCAGAUGAUAAAACGAUUCGGUGGUACGAUUUGCGAACACAGGGGCCAAUCGCGACACACAGGACCGAACGAGACAUCACGUCUUGUGAGCUCAGUACGAAUAAUGCCGAUGACGCCGACCCUGGAAUCCUCAGUGUGGCUGCAGGCCAGUCCGCCCUGUUCUUCGACGCCGGCCGACCGGGGCAAUUAAUCAAGCAAGUUGAUUUCGAUCACGGAAUAGCCAGCGUUGGUACAAGCGUAUCUACGGGUCGUUUCGUCACCGGUGGCUCCAGCGAUACUUGGGUACGGGUCUGGGACCUUGAGCCAGAAAAGCAGCUUGAUGUGCUCAAGGGCCACCACGGGCCUAUUUGGUCGACCUCGUUUUCACCCGAUGGUAAUAUCUUCGCGACUGGAAGCGAGGACGGCACCAUCAAGCUUUGGAAAAAUUGCAAAGAUCCGUAUGGCCUGUGGCGUUAG